AUGAAUUCUAAAAUUCCAAUAAACGAUCGAGACAAUGAAGCGGCUCCUCCAUCAUAUAUGGACUCCGUAUCAUCGUUGUCGGUAUCUCCUGCCUUCCCAUCUACGUCCACCUCCUACGGUACCCAAAUCCAAUCCCAGCUGAAUCACCUCAGAACCCAAUUCAGCUCUAUCCAAACCCAAAAGUCUCUUCUCGAGCAUGCACAGGAAGAGAGAAUCCUUUCUCUCCUUACAACUCAAAUUCAAAUUUAUCUAUCCGAGUUUGCGAACACAGGAUUGAGAAAAGGAACAUUGAUGUUGAUUCCAGCACACUGUCUCCAAAACGAAAAGGCAGAACCACUUGAUUUCGAUAGAGAUAAUCCUGGAUAUGACGUGUUUGUGGAGAUAGGAGAUAAGGAGAGUCUUAAUGGUGGAUCAUGGUUCUGGGAGAAUGAAGAUAUGGCAAAACGACUAGCUGAGGCUUUGAAACCCGAAGAGGAGCUACCUUCCAGACCACUUCUUACGAAACAGGAUUCCAAGAAGGUUGUAACCAGUCCAGGAGGAAAUUUUGGCAGAUUCUGGGGUAGGAAGUCGAGUUCGAGGAGCGAAGAAAAGCCUGUGUUAGUAGAGGAUAUGAAGGUUAGCUCGACUGUCGCGGAGCCGAGAGAUAAAGUACACAUGAAAGUGGGUGUGGAGGAAGUUGUUUUUGAAUAUGAAAACAGUUUUGGUCUUUUUGAAACACAACGAGGAUAUGGUAUUAUGCUUCAUUUCAAAAUCAUCACUACCAAAGAGUAG